AUGAGGAUGGAAGACAAAUUUAAUGAGUUCACAGCAGGUGUUGAGUACUCAGUUAUUCCGAUGGCUGACUACUAUAUUAUUGCCGGAGUGAUUUAUCAGGCGCCUGAUUUAGGGUCUGUCAUUAACUCCAGAGUUCUCACUGCAGUGCAUGGAAUUCAGUCUGCUUUUGAAGAAGCCAUGUCCUACUGUCGCUAUCACCCAUCCAAGGGCUACUGGUGGCAUUUCAAAGAUCAAGAAGAACGAG